AUGUCAAGCUUUAAGCAGCUCUAUCUAGGAGCAACUCUCCUACUCAGCCUCACCCACCAAGCCGCCUGCAACCCAACCGAAGAACAUGACUUAUCGGUCAGGUUUGGCGUUGCUCAAGAUCUAGACGCACGAGAUAUCGAGAACAUCAGAGCACUUGUUGAGCGAGACCUCGAGAUUCGCCGGGGAGGAGAUGGUGCCGGUGGUCGUGGCGGCAAAGGUAGCUCAGCAACCGUUACCGAUGGCUUCCCUGGCUAUACACCUGGUGGUCGUGGCGGCGGCAAGGGUAGAAGAAGCCUUGAGAUUCGCCGGGGAGGAGAUGGUGCCGGUGGCCGUGGCGGCAAAGGUAGCUCAGCAACCGUUACCGAUGGCUUCCCUGGCUACACACCUGGUGGUGGUGGCAGCGGCAAGGGUAGAAGAAGCCGUGAGACUCGCAAGGGAGGUGGUGGUAGUGGUGGCCGAGGCGGUAGCAGCGGUGGUGGAAAGGGUAAAAGAAGCCUUGAUAUUCGCAGGGGAGGAAUGCUCAAUUCGGGCAUAAGGCGUAAAUUCAAUUAA